CUUUGCCCAUUUCAGAACUUUGAAACCCUUUGAGUAUAAAGCCUUCAUACACAUCGUGGUUCUUGAACAGGGUUUUGCAGAUUUGCUACAGGAACCGGGUUUUGGCUUGUGAUAAAAAGAUACAAAGAUAAUUGUUGUAGUUGAGGACUGAUAGAGUAUAAGAAUUUAAUUGUCUAAAAUGAUGAAUGCUCUUAUAACCUGCCUUGCUGCUUGUCUGUUGCACGUGGUGCACAGUGCACCAACCUCUGUUUCUUGGUGCUAUCAUAGGCCUUCAUGUAGUUAUGUUGCUUGGCCUGUAAUCGCAGAAAAAUACUGUAAUGGCACUCAACAGUCUCCAGUAGACAUUGUAACCGCCAAUGUGCAGGCUAAUGCUAAUCUGACUGCUUUCACCUUCACUGGCUAUGAUGACAAUGCAACCUUAACUGAGAUUGAAAACACUGGCACGAUGAUUCAAGUUACACUUGAUCACAAGAAAAUGCAUGUGGAAGGAGGAGAUCUGCCAGGCCUGUUUGCCAGUACGCAGUUUCAUCUUCACUGGGGUAAUGGCAGCGCCACACCUGGAUCUGAACAUCGUGUGAAUGGCAAACGAUACCCUAUGGAGUUGCAUAUCAUGAAUAAGGCGGAGCGCAAUGGCAGUGUGCCCAGUGAUUCAGUAUUGGCAGUUCUUGGUAUCUUCAUUGAGGCCUCUAAUGACACUAGGAGACCAGAGAGCUGGAAGACUUUAACGUCUUAUCUUGCAAAAAUUGCCAGUGCAGGUGAUAAAACGCACGUUUCCGACAAGCUCACCAUGGAUGAUCUGCUUUCUGGAGUGGACAGGACUAAGUAUUACCGUUAUCUUGGGUCUUUGACCACACCAAACUGUGAUGAAGGUGUGAUUUGGACCAUCUUUAAAGACCCCAUUAAAGUCAGCCGAGAUUUGAUUGAUCUCUUCACUACGACGGUCUACAUCAACAAAACCUCCAACUCUCCACUAAUGACCAACACGUUCAGGGGUGUUCAGCCCAUCAAUGGCAGGGUUGUGAUGUCACAGAGAGCAGGUACCAAAAUUACUGGCCUCAUAAAGCCAACAUCAGGUACCAAAACUACCGGGUUUGUAGGUACCAAAACUACUGGCCUUAUCAAGUCAACAUCUGGUAUCAAAACUACUAGAAUUCUAAAGCCAACAUCAACUGCAACAAACCUAUCCCAGGCUUUAAUUUUUCCUCUGAGUGUCAUACUCCUGUACUGCAUCCUACCUUUGUAAACCGGUUCACAAAAUGCUGAGAUUAAGAUGGCUUUAUGUGAUUGUGAAAUAUUCAAUUUAAUGUUAUAGAUGGUUUAAAAAAAAAAAAAAA